GACCGUCGACGCCACCAGCAUGCCCGAAUACAAACUCAUUUACUUCAACCUCAUGGGCAGGGCAGAGCUAACCCGCUGGCUCUUCGCCUAUGGGGGCAUCCCCUACACCGACGAGAGGAUCGAGAGAGAGGAAUGGCCCGCGAAGAAGAAGAGCCUCCCCUUCUCCAAGGUACCUAUCCUGAUGGUGGACGGCAAGCCUCUGCCUCAGUCCCUGGCCAUCGGUCGCUAUGUGGCCAAGGAAGUGGGCCUCGUGCCUGAAGAUAACCUGCAAGCGGCCUACUGUGACGCCUUGGCCGAUACUAUUACUGAAAUGAUGGGGGCCAUGCGUCAGAUUAUGAUGUCAGACAAGGACGAGGAAGAGAAGCGCAGGCAGUUCAAGGAGGACUUCUACCCCAACGUGCUGGAGCCUAUCAUGACGCGGCUGGAGAAGAGGCUGUCGGAGAAGCAGUGGUUCCUCGGAGACAAGCUGACUUGGGCCGACUUCAUUAUCAGCCUCGGCUUCGGACACAUCAAGGAGAGGAAGCCCGAAAUCUUUGAGAAGUUCCCCACUGUGGCCGGCCACGUUGAGAAGGUCCGCGAACUUCCCAAGAUCAAGGAAUGGAUUAAGAAACGACCCGUGAACCCAUAUUAAGAAAUGUAGAUAGGUAGGAAGUAGAAAUAAGAUAUAUACAUUGACGGAGAAAAUGUGUAUACGAGAAGAUCGAAAUAAGAAAAUUAAGAUGGGUAAGAAGAGAGGUUAGUUGUAGAUUAUUUGGUUAUUAUAUUAGAGAAAAAAAAGACCGAAAAUAGGAUAGAGAGAGAAAUUUAAAAUUAGAGAGAAAAAAAAAAAAAAUAGAAUAGUUAUAUACGAAAGAAAUUUAAUGGAUAUUAUUUGGUUGUGAUUCUAAACAUUAUAGUCACCGCUCAUGGUUCCAUUUUUUUCGUGACUGACACACAAUGUACGAUCUGAAUAAAAUGUCGUUUUAGGCGUUUCAGUUUCUUUCUUUUUUUGUGAAAGAUUAUUUCUUUUUUUUUUCCAAAUGUAUUUUUCUCCCUCUUACUUUGUUUUAUUUGGAAGUAUUUCAUCUAUUCUGCUCCUCAUUUUGAAUAGUUGUGUCAGUUGUAGCGCAUUAUAUUAUGUUCUCGUCAAUUAUUAGCAUUAUCAUGUAAGCCGACAUUGGAAUAUUAAAACAAAAUCUCUAUGA